UUUCAGUGUGGCAAAUAAAGUUAAUUUCUUUUCAUUGGCCUUCCUCACAGUCGUUUACCAUCUGCAAAAAGGUCAUAUAUAGGCCCUGGCUGAAAGGUCUGUGCAACAUUCCUUUCCAAUUUUAAAUUUUUUCAAAUCCAAAUUAAAUUACAUGUUUUUUUAUAUUAAAUGUCAGCCAUAUUGAUUUUACUACUAAACUCUCACACCGUUUUACUUUGGUUGAAUUGGGUAAUUUUGUAAUCCCCAGCCUUGAGAUAUGCCACGUCGCCGUCGGCUAAACUUUAAUGGGCAAAGAGCCAGAGAAAGGCGAAGACAAUAUUAUCAGAACCGUCGUAACAACAAUGAACCACCAAAUGCAGAUGAACAACAAAUUGCUGAUGCAGUAAAUGAAUUAGCUGCAUUGGAACUUCAAAUUGCACAAAAUGAGCUUCCAGAUCAACAGGGCAAUAAUGAAGCUGAACUUCACCAACCUAACCAACCUGCUGAGCAGUUGAAUGCCAAUCAGCACCCACAGCUGUUUUUCAACCUACCACAGCCACAUUACAUUGGCAUGAUGGAAAAUGCAUGUCAUCAUUGUCAUGGCAAAUUUUUCAAUGGUGAGCAGAACGCAAAUAAUGUUUUCACCAAAUGUUGCUUUCAAGGUAAAGUCACUCUACCACCAGUUACAUUACCUUCAGCAAAUAUUAUUGACUUAUUCAGUGCAGAAACACCACAAUCAAGGCAUUUUUUGGAAAACAUUCGUCAUUACAAUGCUGCUUUGGCAAUGGCUUCCUGGAAUGCCACAGUCAAUGAACUUCCUGGUAGAGGACCCCGUGUUGUCACUAUUCAUGGGCAAACCUACCACUUGACAAGUGCAGCAGAUGCACCUGAAGGUCAACGUCCACAAUAUUCACAGUUAUAUAUACUGGAUACAAAUCAAGCAUUGCAGGAAAGGAUUCAUGAUCCAAGAAAUGCAAACCUACAACCUGACAUCUUGCGGUUGCUACAGGAUGAACUUAUGGCUGUUAAUCCAUUUGCCAGACAGUUCCAAAACAUGGGACAAGUUCUUGAAAGAGAACGCAACAAUGCAGUGGCAAACAAUCAGCCAUUACCACCAGUGAGAAUGAUCAUAGCACAGCGACCAUUUCAAGAUCGACGUUAUGAUAAUCCUACAGCCACAGAAAUAGCUGCAGUUUAUGUUGGAGAUGAGGGGGCACCCCCUGAUCCUGCUAACAGAGACAUAGUUAUAUACCAUACUGCCAACAACAAUACAACAAAAAUAAAGGCAACAUCUCCAAAUGCAGACCCAAUGACAUAUCCACUGUUGUUUUUCCAUGGAGAAUUUGGGUGGAAUAUUGAACUUCGACGCAAUCAGCAGCUACCAGCAGGGCGUCGUCCUAAUCAAAGGGAGCGUAUCUCUUUAAAUGAGUUUUAUGCUUACAGGGUUGCUUUUCGUGAUGGUUUUUCAACCAUUCACCGUGCAAAGUUGCUUUUCCAACAAUAUUUGGUUGAUGCAUACACCAAAAUUGAAGGAAAUGAACUGACAUACAUCAGAACCCAUCAAGCACAACUGAGGGUAGAAUCAUAUCAAGGUCUUGUAGACCACAUACACAGACGAGCAGAAGCUGAAGAUGCAAAUGUUGGCCGCAUUGUCAUUCUGCCCUCAACCUUUCAAGGAAGUCCAAGAAACAUGCAGCAAAACUAUCAAGAUGCAAUGACCAUUGUCACAAAAUUUGGUAAACCUGACAUCUUCUUAACCAUGACUGCAAAUCCAAACUGGCCUGAGGUGAGAGAAAAUCUUCUUCCACACCAGACAUCUAAUGACAGGCCAGAUGUUAUCAGUCGUGUCUUCCACCUAAAACUCAAGGAACUUUUGUGUGACCUUCUUGAAAGAAAUGUCUUAGGACAUGUGGUUGCCUAUGUUUACACAAUUGAAUUCCAGAAAAGAGGUUUGCCGCAUGCACACAUGGUUCUGUUUUUCUCAGAUGCUGAUAAACCACGUGUGGCAGAAGAUGCUGACAGGUUAGUGUCUGCAGAGAUUCCAGAUCCACAACAAUUUCCAAACUUGCAUGAAACGGUCAAGAAACACAUGAUCCAUGGACCAUGUGGUGACCUCAAUCCACACUGUGUUUGCAUGCAAAAUGGUGAGUGUAAGAAGAACUUUCCAAAGCCACUAGCACAGGUAACUCUCUUUGAGGUGAAUGGAUAUCCAGAGUAUCGACGACGAGGACAACACCAUGCACAGCUACGCCAUCACUUGGUUAACGACUCUUGGGUGGUUCCUUACAAUCCUCACCUUCUCAUGAAAUUCAACUGCCACAUGAAUGUAGAAGUUUGCAGCACUGUGAAAAGCGUCAAGUACAUCUUCAAAUACAUUCACAAAGGCAAUGACUGUGCACAUGUUGAAAUAAAAGAAAACACUUUACACCAUGAUGAGAUUCUCCAGUAUCUUAAUGCAAGAUAUGUUGGCCCACAUCAGGCAAUGUUCAGGAUCAUGCAGUACAAAAUGCAUGACAAAAGUCACAUCAUCAUACGCCUUGCAGUGCAUCUUCCUCUACAACAGAACAUCUAUUUCCAAGAAGGAAACGAGGAAAGAGUUUUGAAUGUAAACCCAAACACAACAUUAACUGCAUGGUUUCAACUAAAUCAAGUGGAUGCAGAUGCUCAUCAGUAUCUUUAUACUGAAAUUCCAGUGCAUUAUACAUUUGAUAAAAGAACAAAAGCAUGGAGACGAAGACAGCGUGCAGCAGGGCCCACCAUUGGGAGACUGUACCAAGUUCAGCCUACAGAUCCAGAAAAGUAUUCACUUCGAUUGCUGUUGCUUCAUCGCAGAGGGGCUACAUCCUUUGAGGACAUAAGAACCAUUGAGGGAGAGCUGCAUGACACAUUCAAGGGUGCAGCAAGUGCAAUGGGACUCUUCCAAGAUGAUGCUGAACAUAGGCGUUGUCUGCGAGAGGCUACAGUCAUGAAUAUGCCUUCACAGAUGAGACAGCUAUUUGCCACACUGAUGCUGUUUCAGAUGCCAGCUGAGCUCAGAGCUCUUUUUGAUGAGUUCAAACAGGCAAUGUCUGAAGAUUUUGUCCGGCAUGAUCACCUUGAAGACCCAAAUGUAGCCUUUGAAGACCGACAUAUGUAUCUUUGCCUCUGGGACAUCGAUCGCAAUUUGAGAGUUCAUGGAAAAUCAAUCAGAAACAUUGAAUUCUCAGAACUUCCACAGCUUCCACAAAACUAUGUUCACCCACAAGAUGAAGCUGAAGAUAUCAACAUAGUCCAUGAAAGGGAACGAGGAGCACAAAUGCUUGAACUUCUCAACAACGACCAGCUUCAUAUUCACAACACAGUCAUGGAGGCAGUACAAACUGCAUCACAACAGAAUUGCUACUUUGUAGAUGGACCAGCAGGAACAGGUAAGACAUUUCUUUAUAACACAUUAGUACAUAACCUUCAAGGGUUAGGUAUAAAAGUCAAAUGUGUUGCAUAUUCAGGGAUAGCUAGCACAUUGCUUAUUAAUGGAGCUACAGCACACUCCACUUUCCAAAUCCCUAUCCCAUUAUUACCUGAUUCUACUUGUAACAUUAAACGCCAAAGUACCAGGGCUCAGAAGCUCUUAGAAACCACUCUGUUUAUCUGGGAUGAAGCUUCAAUGAUCCCAGCAAAUGCUUUGAAAGCAGUUGAUAUUCUCCUUAGAGACAUUACACAAAUUGACAGACCAUUUGGAGGUAAGUACAUGUUUCUUGGAGGUGAUUUUAGACAAGUUCUCACAGUUGUUCUUAGAGCAGGUAGAGAAAGAAUUGUCCAGGAGAGCUUGAAGAAUUCACAUCUUUGGCACCAUUUCCACAAGUUUCAACUUGUAAUCAACAUGAGAGCCAUUCGUGAUGACAUGUACAGAGAGUUUGCAGAUUGGCUCUUGAGGAUUGGCAAUGGUGUGGAACCUCAUGACGAUCGUGAUCAAGUCACCUUGCCACAGAACAUCUUGGUGCCUUCACUCAACGAAAUGGUGAAUUUUCUCUAUCCACUUGCACAGCCAGGACAGCCUAACCUGAUGCUUGAUCCUGAAACAAUGUCAGAGCGUUGCUGCUUGACACCAAAAAACCAGUUCUCACACCAGAUUAAUGAACUGGUACUUAACAGGAUGCAAACACCUGUACGCACAUACCUCAGUACAGACAGAGUCGUCACUGAUGAUCCACUUGAAGCAGAAGCAUACCCAGUUGAGUUCCUUAAUGCGCAAACACCUGGUGGAAUGCCACUCCACAAAUUACAACUAAAGGUUGGUGCAACAAUCAUCCUGCUUCGAAACAUCAACCCUAAAAGGGGGCUAUGCAACGGCACCCGUCUGAUAGUACGAGAUCUGCAACGUCAUGUAAUCUGUGCAGAAAUCAUUGCAAAUGAGUACAGGGGACAGUAUGUUUUGAUACCCAGAAUCACCAUGUCCUCCCAAGAUACAGCUCUGCCAGUCAACAUUGCAAGAGUGCAAUUCCCAGUGAGACUAGCAUACUGUCUCACAAUCAACAAAGCUCAAGGACAGUCCUUAAGGUAUGUAGGUAUUUACCUCCCUGAGCCUGUUUUUGGUCACGGUCAGCUAUAUGUUGCCAUGUCACGUGCAAAAACAUUUGCAGGUAUCAAAGUAAUGUUACCACAGGGAAACAAAACAACCAACAUUGUUUACCCUGAAGUCUUGCAGUAGAAAUAACCUAUUAUGGCACAAUAUUGUUGCAAAGGGCACUUCCCUGUUACCACAACACAUGUCAGUCUUUAUUAGUCAUUGUGCCACAUUCAGGUUAAGUAUGUUUUGCAUUUUGUUGUAUACUUCCAUGUAUCUUAUUCCUAUAUUAUCAUCACUUUGCUAUUUUUAUAUCACUACCUGUCCUUCUGGGACUUAUCCUGUUACAUUUCACCAUACUGACACAGUACUCAUCAUUUGAGCCACGUGCCCAAGGUGACAUAUGGAUUCUCAAUUACAUCAACACACAAAGCAGUUGAUUUCACAGAUCCUUCCCUGUCACUAUAGCAUAGACAACUCUGAUUAAUGAGCUCAGCCAGUUGUGGUGAUGUAGCAGGUAAAGUUUCAUCCCUUCUUUACUUGCAAUCCCCUAUUCCUUUUCCUUUCCUUUCAGCUUUCUCUAAUCCAGCAUAUGUUGAUUCUUUGCUCCAGCGAGUUACGCUUUUGCAUGUUCCUCGAUGUUGCCUAUGGGAACAUGUGUUUCCUUCUCAGUAGAAACUGCAGCAGCUUAUCCCAAAGGUACUUUUCCAAAAGAUAAAAUUUGGAUGUCCAAAAAUUUCUCUACACUUGUGUUUUGUAAACAAAGAUUUAAUCCAAAACUAACAAGCUGUUAACUGCAC